AUGGCACUAGACACGGCGCAGUCUUUUUUCUCACAUUGACUCCCUAGUUUCAGUCUAAGCAAGCCAUGUCGUCCCGGGCCACGUCAUGGAACAGUACGGACACACCAUCCAGUCUCCAGUGGAGCUCCUCGCACCUGCAGAGUAACCGCCACUACACCUCAGCUGCAGACGCGGAGGCUUUCCGGCAGCCGCCCAGCCUGGCCGAGCCGCAUGCCUUUCAGAUGCCUCCGAUGACUCGCAUGCAGACGUUCUCGGCGAUGGCGGACUUGGAGCUGGCGAGAAUGAACGACACCGAGGCCGAAACAGUUCCAGGCUACCACCCCUUGGGGCCAGCAGACCACCAGCUCAGGGUGGCGCUCGGCAGGCUGCUGCGCGCCGAGACGACGUUCGACUUCGCCGCCACGGUCAAGGACGUGGACGCGGCGACGCUGGCCCCCGUGCCGGCGGCCGAAGAGGCAAGCGCCGUCGGCCAGGUCGCCAUGGAGGUCGUCGGGUACGUGGGCGUGACGGGCAAGCGCGAGCCAGAGCACGACCCGCACGAGGGCGCGUCCACGGCGAGCUGGGACUGGGAGUGA